AUUGCUGUUUCAAUUUUCUCUCCUUCUCUCCACGAACAUCAUCUUCAAUGCUCCACAACACAAAUAACAGUAUAUCGAUCUCCCUCUCGGACGACGAAACCGAUGAACUGGGUCGGAUGCGUGUCCGUGCGCGACGAAAGCGCAAGAAACUGAGCCACAAACGAUUGUUCAGAAAACUGCUAGUCAGAUACUGGAUGCUACUCAUCAUUAUUCCAGCUACGUGCUUGCUUAUAUUCGAGGCCACAAGAAUCGGUCGAAAGCCUAAUUUGAAUGUGAAUUCAAACAUAGAAACACACACUCAAGUUGAUCGAUCUAGUCCCACAUUGGGGAAGGAACCUCACCGUAACUUGAAUCGCCUUGAUCCCACUACACACGUUGUUGGUGGCGUCAGAGAACGUUGCUUGAAGCUUCUACCACCUGAAAAGCUUGAGCAUUUGGAUAUUCCUGUGGAAGAAGAAUCUAGUUUCCCUGUUGGUGAAGUUUUAUACAUAUCAGAAAGUGAUUCAUCUUUUGUAGGAGGGAAUGCUACAUUGUCUCAAUUGCGUACAGAAGACACGAGAUUUAAUUUAUUUACCGGAAACCAAACACUUGAGCAGAGAGAUGAAAGUUUUGAGGUGAAAGAAACUAUGAUGGUACAUUGUGGGUUCUACUGUGUAAAUGGUGGGUUUAAGAUAUCUGAUGAAGAUAAAAGUUACAUGCAAACUUGCAAAGUUGUGGUAUCUACUUGUGCAUUUGGUGGCGGAGAUGAUCUCUAUCAACCAAUUGGAAUGUCGGAGACUUCGAUUAAGAAGGUUUGCUAUGUAGCAUUCUGGGAUGAAAUCACCCUAAAAGCUCAAGAAUUAGUGGAGCGCAGAAUUGGUGAAAAUGGAUUUAUUGGACAAUGGCGUGUUGUUGUGGUUCGGGAUCUUCCUUUUGCUGAUCAAAGGUUGAAUGGUAAAAUUCCCAAGAUGUUAAGCCAUCGUCUUUUUCCUCAAGCAAAAUACUCUAUUUGGGUAGACUCCAAGUCCCAAUUUAGGAGGGAUCCACUAGGUGUGUUGGAAGCACUCCUUUGGCGCACGAAUUCUGUACUUGCCAUAUCUGAACAUGGAGCUCGUAGUAGUGUCUAUGAUGAGGCUAAGGCUGUUGUCAAGAAAAACAAAGCUAAGCCAGAGGAAGUUGAAGUGCAACUGAAUCAAUACAGAAAAGAUGGCUUGCCUGAAGACAAGAGAUUUAAUGGAAAGAAAGCUCUGUGUGAAGCUUCUGUUAUCGUGAGGAAUCAUACACCACUAACUAAUCUAUUGAUGUGCAUCUGGUUCAAUGAGGUGGUUCGCUUUACUUCUAGGGAUCAGCUCAGCUUCCCAUAUGUCCUGUGGCGGCUGAAAGCAUUCAAAAACAUCAAUAUGUUCCCUGUCUGCACCCGCAAGGAUCUUGUCAAUAGCAUGGGCCAUAUCCGCAAGGCCAAACCUUUGCAAAGCUGAUCUAGUUUAAUUGGUUGAAAACGAUCCCUUUCUGCAAUUAUCUAAUUCAUUCCUUAUUUCAUUAGUUUCAUUAACCAAUCAAAAUUAAGUAUAUGUAUUGUUUUUCUUACCCCACCCCUCCUCUCUUAUAGCCGGUGUAUGGUUAUAAUUGUAUUUAUUGUCUAAGCUCUUUUUUUUAUACAAUUGUUUAAGCUCUUUGAUUAGGUUAUUUCAGAAAAGAUCUAGUUGAUGGAAAGGAAAAUCAUGCAAACAAGAGACUUUGCUUUCGACCUGUUUCCCAACACAUAAACUUCUAUAAUAACACCAAUGUUUUCAUACAUUGUCAGAUUGCUGUGCCCCCUUAGAUGUAGUGAAAAUGAAUAAAUGCAGCCAUAUGUUGUUGGAAUGAAUCUCCUCUCCUGCUCGACAUGUUGCAAUUACUACAGUGGCAGCUGCUCUACCAGUUAUUUUUGAAGCGGGAUCUGAUGGCAAGGAAAAUGGUUGAGUUAGACAUACAAUGAAACAGUUGGCCCGAGCAAAACUUCAAACCACUGAUGCAACAGAUGCCUUGUCAUCUCGGUGAUUCAUUUUUGCAACACCAGUGAAAAACAACUCAAGCGUAGAAAGAAGCCCUUGAUACUCCUAAGAUAGAGAAGUUACAUAAUUAGACGGAACCUUUUUUAGGUUGGGUAGUUUUUGAGGAUAUGACUAAGGAUUAAGUUGUACCUGGAUAUUUAUUUUUAUGGUCAUUUGGUUUUAGUUUCGAAGUUUUUUAAGACGAUACAAGG